AUGUCCUCAAACAUCGUUCACAGCCCUAGUAGAAGUCUUUGCAGAUCACCACACUAUCUACAAGGAUUUCUUUUCUUGGUUAUUUUCGCAAUGCCUCAUGAGGUGUCGACUCUCACAAAAUGCGAGAUGGUCAAAGGUUCUUCCUGUCGGGCGUCCACAGACAAGGGAUAUAUCGAUCUUAGCGCCUUGAUCGGUCAAGGAAACUCCCCGAGAUUCACAGAGAUCACAGACCAAGAUUCAGACAACAAGUACAGUUGGAACCCAUGCAAGGGCUGGACAGAUUCCACAAGUCAAAUACUGAACACUUGUCAAGAUGUAUCGGUUUGUUUGUAUAUGCCAUACUCCGGGGUUUCAAGUAACUUGUACGGUAUCGGCAAGGCGAAUACUGCAGACUUUAAGCUGGAUGCGUCCUCAGGGAAUUGCCUCAUCACCUACACAGGGACAAUGUACUUGGGGUCUUCCACGGUAGUAAACAUCGAACUUGUUUGCAGUGAAAGCCAGGAGGGUACCCUAGACCCAUUCACAAAUUCAGGGUUGUCAACGACGAUAUUUACUUCAAAGCUCCAUUCAAAAUACGCAUGUCCAAGCCGUAGUGGAAUAAGCACGGGGAGUAUAUUACUAAUAGUAUUUUUUAGCGUCAUUUGCGUGUACCUCGUCGUGGGAAUCCUGAUAAGUCAUUUCGUGAAAGGAGCGACGGGAAGAGAACUGGUGCCAAACUAUUCUUUCUGGGUUGACCUCCCCGCCCUUAUCAAGGAUGGCUGUGUUUUCACAUUUGGGAAAUGCAGAAGUCUUUGUGGAGGGAAGGAAGGAAAUUCCUAUGAAGUCAUACCGUAAUACAGAGCCGUAGCCGGCCAUCUGACAUUGUGGGGGGCACAAUACAGAAACAUUAAGAAAAUAUUGGGGGGGGGGGCAAAGCCACGCCCCUUCUGGCCAUUUUCUUUUAAUUUCGAAAAUAUUGGGGUGGGCGCAAAUGCCUCCAGUGCCCUACCCCCUGCUACGACCCUGUGGUGUAAACAGGUAUUAUGACACUUCAUUUGCAGUCUCAUGAUCACAUGUCCACGCACCAUCUAAGGCUGUUUUUUUUUUACCAAACAACUUUGACAUCUAGAGUGUAUAUAUAAACUUUGUAAACAAAUAUUUUCAAAGAGUUUUUUUAAAUUGUACAUAAGUUUUUUGAAUGAUUUCUCGUGCAUAUGAUGGUGAUGAUAAUGGUUGCAGAAUGGGGGUGGGGGUGGGGGGAGUUUGCACUUUAACCGGCGCAAUACCAUUGCCAGAUAUUUCAGUUGUUUUUUAUUCAAUGCCGCGGCUCAAUAUUCAAGGUCGAAUAAAUAGCUGAGUCUAGAAAAAUAUCUAAUUCUUUAUCUGCUACAUUAGUGAUCUGUAUUUGAAAGCUAAAGUAAAAUUAUUUUUCAAAAAUUA